AUGAACUCAAACUCAAACGCCAAGUACCAAUAUGUAUACAAUGUCUUCCUUUACGUUCUGGACUGCAGUAUAAACAUCGCGUUCUAUGUUGUGUACGGCUGGGCCAAGUCCUGUGAUGACGUGGUGUCGCACUAUGGCUACUACCGUGACGAUCUGGGUCUGAAGGGACAUUGUUACAUCGAUGGCUUCUGUGGCGACGGCACUGUGGUGGCCACCAUGACCAGCAGCGUCACCAAGGAAGUCAAGGAAAUGAAGACCGGAAACCAACCGAACUACCCUCACGUGGGGCUGGGCUGGACAGGUCAGCAGAUCACGUGGGGGUACGACCUGAACACGUCUCCUCAUGGCCACAGGGGGAACUGGUACACCAGCUCCUGCUGUCUGACGGAAACACCGCCGACAUCCGGGAUGCUGGGAGCAACUGGCGCUACUCCAUCCUCAUCCGUUAGAGGAAGGAAAUGCGAGGACAACAUAUCAUAGAAUGAGGGUCACUCGGUGUGUCUGUUUGUGUUUAAAUGUGAGGACGUUU